AUGAUUUUCCAACUUCAGCAGAGAACUCUAAGAUACCAUUAUCAUAUUAGUUGGUCUACAUCCAAAAAGAUAGGCACUAAGGCCUACAAACAAUAUCUAUUCCAUUCUGUCUAUCCAUUCCUUCUGGCCUUCUCUUGUAGACUUUCUUCCCUUCCUUUUUUUUUUCUCUUCACCUCAAUUUUAUCCAUUCCUUCCUUAUUUUCUUUAAAAAUUCAAACAGAAAUUUAUUUUUUCUUUCUUUCUCUUUUAUGCAUUUCUUCUUUCUCUUUCUCAAAGACACCGUUCCUUUCUAUCUCUUCUUCCUCUUUCAUUUGUUCCUUCUCUCCCUUUCUCAGAGACACUCUUCAUUUCUUUCCCUUUUUCUUUCUUUUUCAUAUCGUCAAACGUAAUUAUUUCUUCUCUUUCCCCUUUCAACACAAACCCUAUUUCUUUCUCUUCCUUUCAUCCAUUCUUUCCUUGAGGGCCCGUCUACACUGCAUCUUCCUUUCUUCCUCUUAUCCUCAUCCAUACCUUCCUUCCUUCCUUCCUUUCUCUUAUCCUCAUCCAUACCUUCCUUCCUUCCUUCCUUUCUCUUAUCCUCAUCCAUACCUUCCUUUCUUUCUCUUAUCCUCAUCCAUACCUUCCUUUCUUCCUCUUAUCCUCAUCCAUACCUUCCUUCCUUCCUCUUAUCCUCAUCCAUACCUUCCUUCCUUCCUUCCUCUUAUCCUCAUCCAUACCUUCCUUCCUUUCUUCCUCUUAUCCUCAUCCAUACCUUCCUUCCUUUCUUCCUCUUAUCCUCAUCCAUACCUUCCUUCCUUUCUUCCUCUUAUCCUCAUCCAUACCUUCCUUCUUUCUUCCUCUUAUCCUCAUCCAUACCUUCCUUUUCUUCCUCUUAUCCUCAUCCAUACCUUCCUUCCUUUCUUCCUCUUAUCCUCAUCCAUACCUUCCUUCCUUUCUUCCUCUUAUCCUCAUCCAUACCUUCCUUCCUUUCUUCCUCUUAUCCUCAUCCAUACCUUCCUUCCUUUCUUCCUCUUAUCCUCAUCCAUACCUUCCUUCCUUUCUCUUAUCCUCAUCCAUACCUUCCUUCCUUUCUUCCUCUUAUCCUCAUCCAUACCUUCCUUUCUUCCUCUUAUCCUCAUCCAUACCUUCCUUCCUUUCUUCCUCUUAUCCUCAUCCAUACCUUCCUUCCUUUCUUCCUCUUAUCCUCAUCCAUACCUUCCUUCCUUUCUUCCUCUUAUCCUCAUCCAUACCUUCCUUCCUUCCUUCCUCUUAUCAUCAUCCAUACCUUCCUUCCUUCCUUCCUCUUAUCCUCAUCCAUUCUUUCCUUUCUUUUUAUACAGACUUUCUUUCUCUCUUCCCUUUUCAUACUUACAUCUACUUUCUUCUUUUUUCAUAGACCCUAUUUCUUUUUUUCCUUCCCAUUUUACUUUCUUCCAUUCCUCCCUUCUCUUAGCCCCUCUUCCUUUCUUUCAUCUUUUCAUGUUUUCUUUCUUUUCUAAUCAGCCCUUAUUCCUUACUUUCCUCCUCUUCUUUUCAUCCCCCAUUCAACAACCGCCAUAG